AUGAGGUACAGAAGGCUGUUCGGCACUUCUCUACCGAAGCUAAAGGGACUGAUGGGGUUUCCAGGUACGGUGGUUGUGGCUGCCCUGCCGAUUCUAACACCUUAUCUAGUGCUGUUCUUUAACAUCUUUUUCGCUCGGUCCUGCUUUCCCUCUGAAUGGAGGAGGUCCCUUAUUGUUGCGCUUGGCAAGGUGAAAAACCCUGUGUCACUUAAUGACUUCAGACCGAUUGCCUUGCUCUGUUUCCUCUCCAAGGUGGUGAAGAAAUUUGCUUCCCAGCAAAUCUCCGGCUUCCUUGCUGAGAGAUUUAUUCUGGACUCCCUGCAGACGGGUUUUCGUCCAUUCAAUGGGACGCAGACGGCGCUAUUGAAACUGACAAACGACAUUAGGACGGGUAUCGAUAGACGCCAGCUGACGAUACUGCUGUUAUUCGAUUUCAGCAAGGCGUUCGAUUCUGUGUGUCAUGUGUUGCUGCUGCGGAAGCUGUUAGGCUACGGCUUCGCAGCUUCUUCACUGAGGUGGCUUGCAUCAUAUCUGGGUGGUCAUUCGCAGGCUACACUAGGCGGGGCGAGUGGCUGUUCAUCCUUCUGUCAUCUGAACAGGGGAGUUCUGCAGGGAUAUGUUGUAGGUCCUCUGCUAUUUCUCCUGUUCAUUAAUGAUGUUGGUGUAAACUUAGGGGCUGGAGUUCGGCAUCUGAUAUAUGCUGAUGAUGUCCAGAUUUACCUGACCUUUUCACGUGAGGAGUUAGAGGAUGCCAUUCGCCGCAUGAGCAAUGCUGCUAACCGUGUGACAGACUGGAUUAAUGCAAAUCGGCUGAAGCUGAAUGUGGCGAAGACGCAAGCCAUCAUUUUUGGCUCUAAUGUCUUCGUUAACGAUGUCUAUUCCUUGCCCGGUUUGUCUGUCAACGUUGGUGGCUCUGCAAUUCCGUUUGAUACUUCCGUGCGCAGCCUGGCAGUGGUUCUGGAUAACAAGCUCUCUUGGAAGGGACAUGUGGCGCAUGUGACGCAGAGGGUUCACUCUGUCGUGUACCGCCUUCAAUUCUUUAGAGCCAGUACCAGUCUGGGUCUGGAUAAACACCUCAUUCAGGCUUUGGUGUUUCCUCUGAUCGACUACUGCUGUCUCGUGUAUGAUGGUCUGUCUGGUGUACUUGCUACUGUGAUUCAGCGUCUCAUCAAUAUGACAGUUAGAUACAUCUUUGAGCUAAGGAGAGAUGAGCACAUCACCGCUUAUCGUCUGCGGCUUGGCUGGACGACGUGUGAAGUGCGCAGGAAGUACUUCCUUGCGUGCCUCACUUACAAGAUCCUUCGCUUCGGUCAGCCGGUGUAUCUGGCUCAGUUUUUUGUGGCCAGUCGAGCCGUGCGGCCGGUGAGGGGUGAUGUGACUCCCCUUAUGAUCAAGGCUUUCAGAACUGAAGCCAUGCGAUCCUCCUUCCACGUGUCUGCGGCUUAUUUAUGGAACUCAAUUCCCUCUGCAGUGCGGGACCUUCCCACACUGUCGUCCUUCCAAUUAGCUGUGCGGAAUUAUCUGAGGGAUAACCCUUAA